AUGCCCAUCCGUGUCAAAUCGCGUGCUCCCCAGGGUGAGGGGGCGCCCCCAUCACCUGGCCCUGUGAACCGAUACGGUUGGUUUGGUGUUGAGCUACCCGAUAUCCUGGAGAGCGAUAGCUUUCGAGUAGUUGUCAAGAAGCUUUCAAAGUACAUCGCGGACGUCGUCGUGCUACCUAGCACCUUUGAACAACUCCGAACCACUGCUGCUGGUGACGGUCUCCGGAUAAUCUUUCCAUCGGCGAUCCGGUCAGCUGAAUGCUCACCCAUGUCUAGAGCUCUCAAGUGGCACUAUGACUCCAUCAACGAGGAUAAGGGGCUCAAUGAGGCUAGAGCCAAUGCCUGUGAGAUUGUAGCUUGGCGCUUCCUUACUCAUCUCUCGGAACGGGAAGCCGUUGAUUACUGCCUCUACGAAAUUCCUGAUCCCAAGGAUAACGAGGAGCCGAGCCCUGCUGACGAAGAGGCUACGGUCGAUGAGCGCACUGCUUUGUUAGGCCAGGCCUUACACGGCGCGGGAGGAUCUUCGCGCCGAACUCUUGAACAACCAGGGGCCAACAAACGAAACCUACUCCUCCAGUCCCUUUCCAAACUUACCAUGAGCCUGGCAUCCGAUUCCGAGGAUGAGGAGGAGGAUGAUGAUGAUAAUGAUCCGACAGCGCAUUUCACAAACCUCAACGCUCUUGAGAUUGCUGCCAUCGCCGACGCAAAACGCUUCCUCAGUCAACCCGUGGUCCAGAAAAUUAUCACGGGAAUCUGGAAUGGUGAUAUCAUUUUCUGGGACACGCUCGCUGUUCACUCCGUGAAGAAGCCUCGCUUUUACAAUCCCAACACCGCAGACCCCUUCUCUCGCUUGCGUGUUCCGAAGUACCUCAAGUCGUUCGAGAUCUUGUUCUUUGCCAGCUUCUUGUUCCUCUACUAUGCCGUGCUCGUCGAACGCAACCCAACACGCAUCACGCCCUUGGAGAUUUUGCUGGACCUCUGGUUUGCCGCAUUUGCUUACGAUGAGCUGAGCGAGUGGAUUGAUGCUGGUUCAAUUUUCUACGCUACCGAUGUCUGGAAUGUCUUCGAUGUGGUUAUGAUCGGAAUUGGUGCUGCCUUCGUCGUGCUUCGGAUCGUCGGGCUUGAGGCCAAUAAACCGCACCUUGUUGACCUGGCCUUCGACAUUCUAUCUCUUGAAGCUUUGUUCAUGGUGCCCCGUGUCUUUUCGAUCCUCAGCCUGAGCCCUUACUGGGGUACUCUCAUCCCAUGCUUGAAAGAGAUGGGCAAAGACUUCAUCAAGUUCAUGGUCCUUGUCAUCGUCAUCUACUUGGGCUUUUUGACGACAUUCUCUCUCGUCGGCCGCGAAGUCUAUCCCCUGAAGGAAAUGACUUGGUUCCUAACCAAGAUUUUCUACGGUUCGAGCUACGUUGGCUUCGACAUAAUGCAUAACAUUGACCCCAUUUUCGGCCCACCACUUAUGAUCAUCUUCAUCACUCUUAGUUCCAUCCUUUUAACCGGCUCCCUGACUGGUAUGCUAUCCAACAGUUUUUCCCGCGUCAUUACCCACGCUCGUGAGGAGUAUCUCUAUGUCUACAGCGUCUACGUGCUGGAGGCGUCGACUAGCAACCGCCUGACUCACUUCUACCCUCCGUUCAAUUUGCUCGCUCUUGUCAUCUUCCGGCCUCUCCGUCUCUUCCUACCCUCCGACAACAAAUUCCGCAGGGCUCGCAUCCUCCUGCUCAAGGCGACCCAUCUCCCCAUCGUCGCUGCCAUCGAGCUCUACGAAUGGCUCCUCGGCAAGUCCAACAAGGGUACCCAGUACAACGGCUUCCGAGGCCCUCGUCAUUCCUCCAUCGCCACGCGCCAUGCUUCAAAGAGGCUGUCGCAUCCUCCACAGGGCACGGCCGCGCAGAGUUCGACUUCGGGUACCAUCCAGCCUUUGGGUCCCCCUUCUGCCGACCGUGAGACCGUUCCUGUCGACGAUGCUUCGAAAGUUCUCUCCGCCCAUCAGCAGCGUGCUGCUGCUGAGGCAGAGGAGGGCCAGGCAUUCGGAGCGCCGGCCUCUCAUGUUGAUCUGCGGAUUGCUGAGCUGACGGAGAAGAUUGACCGGCUGACCGAGCUUGUGUUGGCGUUGCAGGCGCAGCAGCAGGCUCAACUGCAGGCUCGUGAAACCGAGUCGUCUGCCUGA